AUGCCACUACUGUUUAUUCUUGUCAAGAGAUCUACAGGUCAAUUGGGAGAACCUAAGCUGCGAUUCUUCUGCGACGGAUUGCCGCGUGACAUUUGGAAUCGAUGCAAGGAAGAGCUGCGUUGCCUCAAAUGCACAAAACGGUAUAGCGACUGGCGCAGUCUGCGGAAGCACAUGAACUUCUUCUGCCAGAUGGAACCGCUCUAUCCCUGCCCGUACUGCUAUCACAGAGCCAGGAUACCCACUCUGUUGAAGUACCACAUUGUUCGCGAGCAUGCAGCUCUCACUUCAAGCGAGGAAACGCGAAUCGGCCCGGCCACCCUGCAAUCCGAGGACCUUGGGGAGUACGUGGGCAAGCCUAACUUCGUGUGCCCGAAGUGCGGAAAGGGCUAUGCGUGGAAGGCGAGCCUCCAGCGUCACCUGAGCACCGUAUGCGGCACGCCGCCCAUGCUUUUCUGCAAUAUCUGCGGAUACAAGACCAGCCGCAAGGACGUUCUCUUCAGGCAUAUGCGGCAUGUGCAUCCGAGAUCGCAGUAGCGCAACAACGGGAAGUGAAACGCGAGUUUCGCGCCGAACGAAACGCAGUUUCCGGAGGUGGUCCACGUUAAUCCUGAAGCACGUUCAAACGGAACUUCCGUGCACCAUGUGAACAAUGCAAAUUUCGAUGUUUUGCAGUUGAUGCAAAUAAUACAUUCGCAACCGAAGCGUGUAUUAGACGUUACGAUCCAUUAGACAUUAAUGCAUUUUGUAACAGAUUGCAAGUGCAAUUAAGUAUAUUAUACAGAAUUAUAACGCAGUAUUAAUGCAGUAUUAUAAAGAAUGAAUAAUGAGUGAUUUUUUAGUGAGUUA